CAGGCUCCAAACUCGGCGGCAAUCGUCAAUCAAACGCUAAAUGACAGGUCGAGUAGACCUUCGCGUGGCUACGCCAUCUCGCAGAGAGCUAAACGUUUGCCUAAUCGAUUGUAGUCAACGACGCUGGAAAGUGUGAGUUCAUAGUGAAAGGCUGUGUGGUGCAGAUGGAUAUGAAUACAGCUACAUCAUCAUGGUACAAGCGGGGGAAGCAGGAUGACAGAUGUAUUGCGGAAGAAGCUUUUAGGGCUGUCCAGAGGUAUUUCCAGCAGAGUCAUAUCUUGACACGCGAGGAGAAGACUCUAAUUACUGGGAGUCAAUCCAUGGAGGAUAUUCAAAGCUUAGUGACCGCAACGCUCGAAAAAUAUGAAGCAACGAAGGCAUCGGGCGAAAUCAGGGGGUGGCUUGAAAGAACGUCCGAGAUCAUCUGUCAUUACGGAACCAUCCUCGACGUCUUUGUUCAACAUCAUCCAGAGUAUGUGUCUCUGGCAUGGGGCGCUAUGAAACUGAUAUUUGGUAGCGUGGUCAACCAUGCGGAGACCCUGAAAAUCGUGGCCAAGUCCACCUGGCAGGUUGGCGUGCGACUUUCGCGAGUCAAAAUUGUUUCCACAAUAUACCCAACUGCGAACAUGCGAGUGGCUGUUGAGAAUCUGUAUUCUUGCAUCUUGGAGUUUCUGCUGAUUGCCCACUCGUGGUGUAAAGAGUCUAAGCUUCGCCAUUUCGUCCACAGUUUCACGCGGCCGCGCAAACUUCAAUACGAUGAUUUGCUACAGAGAAUCAGUAUUGCUUCUGACAACAUUACUGAACUGGCGGCGGUAGGCUCGCAAGCCGAGCUCCGUGAUAUGCACACAGCUCAUUCUGGCAAGCUGAAAGGCAUUCUAUCCGCCCUGGAGGAUGCUGAAAAGUCCCAUCAACAACAACUUGACGGUCUAACACAACUUGUUUCUGGAUUAAGAGUCUCAAAUGAGAGGCAUGAAAAGAGACUUGACCUCAUAGUGUUUCUCUUGGAAGCCUCGGGUCUAACAAUGAAUGAUCUCAUCACCAAGGUAGAAACCUUUCAAUAUAUUCAAACAAGCGCCCAACUAGACACAAAUCAACGAAUCUCAGAUCUCCAUCUGUCACACGUCUUGGCCACUCUUUCGCCGACUUUUGAGGAUCCGGAGAAGUGUUACAAGUAUCACCUCAUGUGCCGAAACCGCAGAGUCUCUGGCCGAGGCGCAAACACCUCAACGAAUCAGUUCUGGUUAUCCCCCAGACUCACGAAAUGGUCAUCAAGCCAUCGAUCUUCCCUGAUUAUCAUCAAGGGCUCCUUUAGCGUGCGUUCUGCUAUGGUAGACUUCGGGAUUGACAUCAUCCAGACUUUGGAGUCAGCUGGGGUGCCGACUCUGUGGGCAUUGUCUAGCUUAGACAAAUCGAAGCAUGCUUCUAUGUCAACGGCAGUAGACCUGAUAAAGUAUCUCACAUAUCAGGCGUUGCGGUGGAGCGGCUCUUUAAAGACGGAAAAAGAGUUGUCGUCUCGAUACUCACAAUUCCAUACUGCGCUGAAGCCCAAAGAUUGGCUGAAGCUCUUGGGGCAAGCAGUCAGGAGCUUGGGUACAAACAUUUACCUUAUCGUGGACCUAGCGACGGUCCUCUCAUCGCUUGAUCAAGCAGACGGGUUCAAUUUGAUCGACGAGCUCUGCAUGAUGCUUGAUGAUCCGUCUAUUGAGGGCCUGAAAGUGAAGAUCGUUCUACUUCUGUACGAGGCUGAGUGGCUCAGAGUGGUAGCGAAAAGCGACUCUGCGGAGACUGUCUUGGUCAAAUCAAUGAAAGCGAAGAGGGCACAAGCAAAGGAACGAAAGCAAACUGUGGCGAAACGUCUUGUCGGUCGCUCUAAGCUAGGUAUGAAAUAGAGUGGGAGAUGGGAUCAUGACGUCGAUUUUCUUGAAGCUUUAUCUGUUGAUCGCUUGAAGAAAAAAUGGUUGCAGGCUGCA